AAGUACAGUCAGAGAAUACUUAAUUGUUUGAAGUUCUUUCAACAGAGAGCUGACUGAUAUUUGAAGAAGUUUUUCAUUUCUCCAAGAAGAAUAUAAUGUAUCUUCCUCAAGCUUCACUUUUACUCUUAAAUACAGUUAUUUUUAUUUGUGGAGAAGUUAUACAAGGUAACUGUGUACAUCAUUCUAAGGAUUCUCCAGCAGUUAAUGUUGUAGAAGACGUAUCUAAUGCAAAAGAUGAGAGUAAAAGUAAUGAUACUGUUUAUAAGGAAGACUGUGAGGAGUCAUGUGAUGGUAAAAUUAAAAUUACGCGAGAAGAAAAACAUUUUAUGUGUAGAAACUUGCAAAAUUCUAUUGUUUCCUACACCCGAAAUACCAAAAAGCUGCUAAGAAAUAUGAUGGACGAGCAACAAACUUCCUUGGAUUAUUUAUCCAAUCAGGUUAACGAGCUCAUGAACCGGGUUCUCCUUCUGACCACAGAAGUUCUCAGAAAGCACCUGGACCCUUUUCCCCACAGGCCGGUUCAGUCACAUGGUUUAGAUUGUACUGACAUUAAAAAUACCAUUGGCUCUGUCACCAAAACACCAAGUGGUUUAUACAUAAUCUACCCGGAAGGAUCUAGUUACCCGUUUGAGGUAAUGUGUGACAUGGAUUACCGAGGAGGUGGAUGGACCGUGAUACAGAAGAGGGUUGAUGGGCUCAUUGAUUUCCAAAGGCUGUGGUGUGAUUAUCUGGAUGGAUUUGGCGACCUUUUAGGUGAAUUUUGGCUAGGACUAAAAAAGAUUUUUUAUAUAGUAAAUCAGAAAAAUACCAGUUUUAUGCUGUAUAUUGCAUUGGAAUCUGAAGAUGACACAUUUGCUUAUGCAUCAUAUGAUAACUUUUGGCUAGAAGAUGAAACAAGAUUUUUUAAGAUGCACUUAGGACGGUAUUCAGGAAAUGCUGGUGAUGCUUUCCGGGGCUUCAGAAAAGAAGAAAACCAAAAUGCAAUGCCUUUCAGCACAUCAGAUGUGGAUAAUGAUGGGUGUCGCCCCGCAUGCCUAGUCCGGGGUCAGUCCGUGAAAAGCUGUAGUCACCUGAGUAACAACACCGGCUGGUGGUUCAACCAGUGUGGUCUAGCGAACCUAAACGGCAUUCAUCACUUCCCUGGAAAAUUGCUUGCAACUGGAAUCCAAUGGGGCACAUGGACCAAAAACAACGCACCUAUCAGGAUUAAAUCUGUUUCAAUGAAGAUUAGAAGAACUUACAAUCCAUAUUUUAAGUAAUCUCCUUUUAAAUUGUAGUGUGUGUUCCACAGUUAUUUUUGAUAAUAUAGAAGGGAUUUUACAUAGUUUCUCUUUUUACUCUUUCAAACCUUUUAGCCAAAAUUUAACUAUAGAUGACAUCUAGGUGUUAAGGGUUUAAUUAGAAAUCUUUACUUUUGUAGAGUUUUAUAAAACAUGGCUCAGUGUAUGCUUUUACUA